GCUAGCGGACUGCCGAACAGUAGAAUAAUAAGUAUAACCGAGUCAUCUCAUCCCUCGUGUGUGUCGCUGCUACUUGUUCCAUAUUCAACUCGGUGUGAUGACUCACCCGGGACUCACCAACUCGCUCUCUCUCUUCACUCCCAAUUACCGUCCCUUCUCUUCUCAAUCCCAAAUUCUCCUCCUUCCUCCUUCUUCAUUCUCCAAACCCAAACCAUUUCUCCGGUUCACUCGCCGGUUCUCCGAACCGCCCCAUCCCCGGUUCAUUCUCUCCGCCGUCCAUCAAUCCGAACCGGAACGCCUUCCUCCACCCAAUGCCCAAACGGAGGAUUUGCUCUUGAAAUCUCAACCGCAGGUUAGUCAGUUUAGGAACAGAGUCGUUUUUGGACUUGGCAUUGGGAUUUCUGUUGGCGGUAUUGUUUUGGCUGGAGGAUGGGUUUUCGCAGCAGCCAUGGCUGCUGCUGUCUUUGCUGGUGCACGUGAAUAUUUUGAAUUGGUUCGGAGUCAAGGAAUGUCAGAAGGAAUGACACCUCCUCCGCGCUACGUGUCACGAGUCUGCUCUGUCAUUUGUGCCUUAAUGCCGUUGUUUGUCAUGUAUCUUGGUCAUAUUGAUGUUUCUGUGGCUUCUGCUGCAUUUGUUUUGGCCAUGGCAUUACUCGUACAAAGAGGAAGUCCCCGUUUUGCACAGCUUAGCAGUGCCAUCUUUGGGCUAUUUUAUUGUGGAUAUCUUCCAUGUUUUUGGGUUAAGCUUCGAUGUGGUUUAGCAGCUCCAGCCUUGAACACAAGAAUAGGAGCAACAUGGCCUGUGCUUCUUGGUGGUCAAGCUCAUUGGACAGUAGGUCUUGUGGCAACUUUGAUUUCCAUAAGCAGCAUUAUUGCAGCUGAUACAUUUGCAUUCCUUGGUGGCAAGGCAUUUGGCAGAACGCCACUUACUAGUAUAAGUCCAAAGAAGACAUGGGAGGGUACUAUAAUAGGAUUUUGUGGGUGUUUAGUUACUUCCGUUGUCCUGUCAAAAGUUUUCAGCUGGCCAGUAUCAUCAUUAAGUGCAAUAGCUCUUGGCGUUCUGACUUUCUUUGGAUCAGUUUUUGGUGAUCUCACCGAAUCAAUGAUUAAACGCGACGCUGGGGUCAAAGACUCCGGCUCCCUAAUACCCGGUCAUGGUGGAGUACUAGACAGAGCGGAUAGUUAUGUUUUCACGGGUGCGCUUGCAUACUCUUUUGUCAAAACCUUUAUGCCACUUUAUGGAGUAUGACAUAGAAAAGUGGGAAUUGAGUGUAAAUAUUUAUGGAAACUCGUGAUAUUUUAACUGGGAUCAGAAGGUAACUUCUUGAGGGGAACAGAUAGAUUUUUUUUAUG